CAUAAAUAAAAGUCGUAUUAUAUUAAUCUAAUAUUAAACAAAUCGAACAAUAAAAAUUUUAUUUCACAUCUAUAUAUUCGAAGAUAAUCGCAAAAGGAUAUUAAUUACUUUCUCCUGACAUUUGACAUAACCUAUAAAACCGAUCCUAACCUUAAAACUAAAAAAAAAUCAAUUUGAUAAUGAAAUCUUUUAAACGACUUUAAUGAUCAAUUCUGAAUAAUUAAUCUGUGAAUAUUAAAAUGUAUACAACAAAGAAUAUUGAGCGUUUAUGUAGGACGAUUUUAUUAAAAAAUUCAAAGAACGUACACACUACUUCUAUAAAAUUAAAAUUUGAAAAUCCGCUUUCGAGGACUUGGAGGAUAUUAAAAGAUGAUUUUCGAAGGAAACCUGCUAAAUUUAAUGAUGCUAAUCAGGUUGGUGGGUUAGAUAAUAUCUUUCCUAGGCACGUUGAUAUUUUGGUUGUUGGUGGAGGUGCUAUUGGAACUUCAAUCGCUUAUUGGAUUAAAGAAAAAUCUGGAUUAAAAGGAGUCAAUUUAGCUGUUAUUGAGAAAGAUCCAACGUAUGCAAAAAGUUCAACAGUUUUAUCUGUUGGAGGUCUUAGACAACAAUUUUCUCUCCCUGAAAACAUACAAAUGUCUUUAUUUGGAGCUGAAUUUAUUCGUAACUUAAAAAAACGUUUUGGUAAUGACGCAGAUGUUUAUUUCACCCCAAAUGGUUAUUUAAUGUUGGCAAGUGAGCAAGGAGCUCAACAAUUAAUAGAUAAUUCUAAAUUACAAAGAGAUCUUGGUGCUUAUAAUGUUAUUUUAUCAAGAAAUGAAUUAAAAGCAAGAUUUCCAUGGAUGAAUGUUGAUGAUGUCGAAGCAGGAUGUUUAGGUUUAGAAAAAGAAGGUUGGUUUGACCCCUGGGCUAUGCUUUGUAUAAUGAAAAGAGGAGCAAUGAAUGCAGGGGCUCAAUACAUAACUGGUGAAUUGGUUGAUUUCACUUUUGAAAAGAAACAUGAUAUUACAGUUGAUGGAGUUGAAGAAGGUACUUAUGAAUCGAUGGAUGAGGCAAUAAUAAAACUACCAAAUGGAGAACACAAAUCAAUACAAUUCGCUUUAAUAAUUCUUGCUGGUGGGGCUGAUUCUGGUGAAAUUGCUAAACUAGCCCGAAUUGGUACAGGACAAGGAAUUUUAUCAAUCCCACUUCCUGUAGAGAAACGAAAACGUUAUGUUUAUUGUUUUUCGUGUAAUGAAGAAUGUCCUGGGAUUAAUACCCCUAUGACUAUUGAUUAUACAGGGGCUUAUUUUAGACGAGAUGGGUAUGGGGGAACUUUUAUUGGAGGUUUAUCACCUUUACCCAAUGAAGAGCCUACCACUGAUAAUUUAGAUGUUGAUCAUGUUUAUUUUGAUGAAAAAAUUUGGCCUAUUUUAGCCCAUCGUGUUCCAGCUUUUAAUAGUGUUAAAGUAAGAAGCGCGUGGAGUGGAUUUUAUGAUUAUAAUUGUUAUGAUGAAAAUGGAAUUAUUGGGCCACAUCCUUAUUAUCACAAUGUGUAUCUAGCCACAGGAUUUAGUGGUCAUGGUAUUCAACAAGCCCCUGCUGUAGGAAGAGCAAUAGCUGAAUUAAUUUUAGAUGGUGAUUUCCAAACUAUAGGUUUAACAAGGUUUGGAUUUGAUCGAUUAAUAGUUGAUAAACCAAUGUUAGAAGCUUGUAUUGUAUAAAUUAUAAAUACAAAUUAACACCUCGAUUUUUAAUGAGGUACUUUUAUAAAUAAUGUACAAAAUAAAAAUAAAAUUUAUGAAUCAAACUA